UGCAUUGCUCAAUGUUGUACAAACCUUCGGUGACAAACGUUUACUCGACAUGAAGCUCGUUCUGCAAAUUUGUUCCAUCUGCCUUGUAAUAACGUUGGCAAGUUCCGCUUCCGUGAGUCCCCACGUCGAUCCGGAAUUGACCCCUGCGCCAACUCCGUACCCAACGCACCCCAUGGACGAUCCCGAGUGGGCGCCACCGGUGGGGCCACGUCAAGAACUGGACAAGCAGUACUGGAUUCGUACCGGCCAGCGCUUGCUCGACGAGCAGCUGUCCAAAAACCAGCUGAAUCUGAACGUGGCGAAAAAUGUGGUGAUCUUCAUCGGUGAUGGCAUGUCCAUCGCCACCCAAACCGCAACCCGGAUGUACAUGGGCGGUGAAGAGCUGACGCUGUCUUUUGAGCAGUUUCCGUACGUGGGGUUGGCCAAGACGUACUGCAUCAACUACCAGGUGUCGGAUUCGUCCUGCACGGCGGCGGCCAUUCUGACCGGGGUCAAGAACAACUACGGAACGAUCGCCGUCAGUGGUCACGUCCCGUUGAUGAACUGCGAGCGAAGUUUGGUGGAGGAGAACAGGUUGACGUCGAUUCUGCGGUAUGCUCAGCUGGAUGGGCGUUCGACGGGGAUUGUAACGACGACUCGGAUUACGCACGCUACUCCGGCGGUGGCUUAUGCCGUUGCUGGAGCAAGAUACUGGGAAGAUGAUGGGGACACUCCGGAAGGAUGUACGGACAUUGCAGCCCAGUUGGUGCACGGUGAAAUUGGGCAGAACUUGACGGUGGCACUUGGGGGUGGCUCGAGGCACUUUUAUCCGGCGGGAGCGAACACCGUGCAUGGCUCCACUGGAAGACGGCAGGAUGGUCGUUUUUUGGUAGACGAAUGGCUGAGAAAUGUUGAAGCUAGGGGAGAGUCAGGAAUUUUUGUGCACGAUAGCCUGGGACUGUCUCAAGUAGAGGUUUCCAAAGUAGAUCGGCUAUUUGGGCUGUUUUCGGCGAACCACAUGAGCUACCGACUGGAAAAUGCCGUUCACGAACCGACGCUGAAGGAAAUGACAGCAAAAGCGCAUGAGAUUUUAUCAAAGAACGAUCGAGGCUACGUGCUGAUAGUGGAAGGAGGUCGCAUCGAUCACGCCCACCACGACAAUCUGGCCCGGCUGGCGCUGGACGAAACGGUCGAGCUUCACCGGGCGGUUCAACACGUGGCCACGGCAACGGACGAUCGGGACGACACGUUGAUUCUCGUAACGGCGGACCACUCGCACACGCUGACGAUGGGUGGCUAUCCGGUGCGGGGCAACAACAUCCUGGCCACUGGGGACUUUUCACGCCUGGACCGGAUGCCCUUUUUCACGCUGUCCUACGCCAACGGAAUGAGCUACUUUGAGCACUUUUCACCGACCGGGGGCCGCCGCAAUCCCCAGUGGAUGGAUUCACAGCGGCCGGACUUUGUCUUUCCGGGGACGGUUCCGUACGAGGACGAGACGCACGGCGGAGACGAUGUAGGUGUGUUUGCCCGGGGCCCACACGCGCACCUGUUCAGCGGUUUGUACGAGCAACAUCUGAUUGGGCACGUGCUGUUGUACGCGGCCUGUCUGGGCCCACCGGAAGGGACGAACACCGGGCGUGUGUCUGAGGCCUGUAAGCGACGGCUGACGGGGGGUUCCAGUGGGGGAAGGGUCAAUCCUGUGGUUGUCGUGGUUUUGGUUACGAUUGCUGUCGUUCUACUUGGUCGGCAAUAGCCAUCAAACGGGUUGUGUAAUAAAUAAACCAUCUUUAACUUGUCAA